AGAAGCUUAUAGGGUUAACAUUUGCGCCACGCUUCUAUUGUCUUGAAGUUUGACGAAAAAACAGAACAUGGAAAAGGGCUUCUUCGAGUUUUUUCAUCCUAAAAACAGCUCAGAGAGGCUGAAAAUCCCCACAGCUUAUAUGGAUUACAAGAAUGGAAAGUUACCUAGGAAGGUUUCUCUUAGGGAUCGGUUUGGAAAUAUGUGGCCUAUAGAAGUGGCCAGAAUAGGAAAAGAUUCUUAUUUCCAAUACGGAUGGGAGAAAUUCGUCGAGGAGAACAAAGUAAAAUAUGGAGAUUUUUUAAUUUUUGACUAUGAUGAAAAAGGUGUAUUUGACUUCAAACAUAUGGGAACCACUUGUUGUGAAAAGAAAAGAGCCGGAGGUUUAAAAUUGGCUGCAAAGGAGGAGGAAAAAGAAGAAAUAAAUGAUGACCAUCAAAUGAAUGUAGAGCCAGAAGGUAAGUGGCUCAGCGAUAGCAGUAGUCGCUUAUCUGAUAGUGAUGACGACUACAUAGUAGUAGAAGAAGAGGUGGAAGAGGACAAGGAAUAUGAUGUCGUCGAAGAAAAAGUCGAAGAAGUUAAGGCAGAAGAAAAUGAAAGGGCAACAAUAAUUUGCAAGAAAAAGGAUACACGGUCAAGAGGUAGACGUGUGAACGAAGAAGAAGUAGAAAAGGAGGAAGAUGAAGUAGAGACUGAAAAGGCGCCACAUUCAAAAUAUAGACCCGUGGAAGAAGAAAAAGAUACUAAAAAGGCGCCUAGUUCAAAACACAGAUUCAUGGAAGAAGAAGAAGAUGAUGAAGAGGAGCAGGAAGAGGAGAAUGAAAGGGCAAGCAUAUCCAUGAAAGAAAUACUACGUUCAAAAUGCGGAUUUGCGGAAGAGGAAGAUGAGGAAUAUGAAGAAACUGAGGAGGGGAAAGAAGAUAGUGAAAAGGCAAGCAUAUUAAAAGAAAAGGCACCACAUUCAAAACGCAGAUUCACGAAAGAGGAAGAAGAUGAUGAAGAGGAGGAAUGUGACGAAGAGGAAGAGGAAGAAGAGAAUGAAAGGGCUGGCACUUUCAAGAAAAAGGCGUCAUGUUCAAAAGCUGGAUGCAAAAGAGUCUCUGUUCGCAAGGAGAGGUAUUACUAUGAUCAUUAUGGUACAGAAAUAUUCAAAAGUGGACGCGCAACUCAGCCUAAAAAUCCUUACUUUGUAGCGAAAAUACGAGCAGAAAGGAGAAACCAACUAUAUGUUCCGAUUGCUGUGGUGAGAGACAAUAAACUUAAACUCCCUUCAAGCAUGACCAUUCGCUCUGCUGGCAAAGAAUAUGAGACAAAACUCAAGAUUUGGAAGGAUGGUAGAAUAUGGCUACAUGGAGGAUGGCGCAGUUUAUGCAGAUGGAACCUUGUGGAGAAAAAUGAUUGGUGCAUUUGUGAAUUUGUGAGAGGAAAAGGCAAAAAAGGCCUUUACUUGCGAGUUCAAGUUCUUCAUGAGGGAGCAAGUUCCAAUUCCAGCAAAAAAAAAUAAGAAAUAGUUUGGUGCGAUUCAACACAGCAUUUUAGUCUUUAUUGCCUCAAGUGCUAUUAUAAGUUGACAAAAACUGAAGACUUGUCUAGUUUGUAUUGAUAGCUAUGGCAAUUAUUAAGCCAAUUGUCUGGCAUUUAGACUUGAUUAGUUUGUUAAAUAUUGUUGUUUAUUAUAGUACAAGUUUUUAAGACU